UAGGGCAUUUUUAAUAAAAUUUUGAUUGUGAACAGUCAUUUUAGAUGGUGUCGAUAAAUAGUUGGAAAGGCAGACUCCACCGAUUCUGGCUGCAUCGACGUGUGUGAUACAUUGACAUAAUUCAACCGUCCUAAACUUGUGGAGAACCCCGAGUUCUUCUUGAGCAACAGAGAUAUGGAUUCAGUGGCGAACCCAGCAGUCCAGCUGCAGGAGAUGCCUGCGGGUGGAACCACAGCGAACGAAGAACCGAAUAUGCUGGAGAAGGCCAUCUCCAGAUUAUCUAGGCGAGUAGCUGUUCAGACGGAGAAGAGCCACCUUACUACAGCGGCGCCUAUGCGCGAGCGAUCCUCGUCAAGAAAGUCAAGUGUCGGAGGAGUCAUUGACGAGGAGAUAGCAGAAGAGGCCGAUACAGAAAAUGUUUUUCCUGAGGGCGGACUGCGAGCAUGGCUUGUGGUCGCGGGCGCAACUCUGAUGCUGUUGCCGUCAUUCGGAUUCAUGGUCAGCAUCGGUACACUUCAGGACUACUGGCACCAAAAUCAACUAUCGGAUUUCACGGCUCGCGACAUUGGUUGGAUCCCUUCCGUCUUCGUAUAUUUGACUCUCGGGUUAGGCCUCUGGGUGGGGCCAUACUUCGAUCGAUACGGGCCACGAUGGAUCGCUUUAGUUGGAAGCGCGGGCUACGUGGUGAUGAUAUUCUUUCUGGCCGAAUGCACAGAGUUCUGGCAGAUGAUACUGUGCCUCGGGAUAUUGGGGGGAGUGACAGCAGCUAUGCUCACCUGCACUGCACUAGCUGUUGUUGCACAAUGGUUUAAGACUCGAAGAGCGCUCGCGCAAGGCAUCGCAAUGGCUGGAAACUCUGUAGGAGGGCUGGCGAUUCCGUUGAUUCUGAAGUCAACGUUUCCAGCGUAUGGAUACGCGUGGUCUCUGCGGAUUCUGGGCUUCGUAUUCCUUCUCUGCCUGGUAGUCAGUAACAUCCUGCUCAAGGCUCGCUUCCGGCCCUCAGCUGCAGCAAAGAAGAAGGCCAUUAUAUCCUUGCAUAUCUUCGGAGAUCUUCGCUUCAGUCUCUUCACCAUCAGUGUGUUCGGCUUCGAAGUCGUGCUGUUCGGUGCCUUGGGCAUCCUGCCCACGUAUGCAUCCAUAUCCACGGAUUUUCCACCUAAUACCGGUUUCUAUCUUAUAGCUGUCUUGAAUGGAGUUUCCUGCUUCGGAAGAGUCCUACCAGGUUACCUGGGAGAUAAACUUGGGCGUUUCAACACGCUACUCAUCAUGAUCGUUUUCACCCUUGUGUUCAUGCUGGCUUUGUGGCUGCCAUUGGGAACGGAAUCACUACCUGCACUGUAUGCAUUUUCAGCCUUAUUCGGGUUCGGUACUGGAAGCUGGAUGGCUCUCACACCAGCCUGUGUAGGCCAGCUGUGUAGGGCGGACGAGUUUGGACGAUACUAUGGCAGCAUGUACUUUGUGGCUUCACUCGCGACGCUUGUGUGUAUCCCCAUAAGCGGAGAGCUAGUACAGACCGUCGGCCCCGAAGCAAUGGUUGGCUUCUUCUGUUGCAUCCUCGUGUUGAGUUUGGUAAGCUUCAUUUUCAGUCGAUGGGCAUGUUUAGGAAGGCGCUGGGUCCUCAUGGCGAAAGUUUAGAACAAUAAUUUACAGCGACGGCGUUAGGGAUAGAAGCAACACGUAUA